CUUCUUUAAGAACUGAAACAUAAGUUCAAUCUUAAACUUGAGAAUGUUUUUGAGGUUUUUGCUUUUCACUCUUACCAUUUCUGUCACCCUGGUCGCCCUCGGGCAGUGCCAGAGGCAGAACCAAAACCAGCCUUCUGCUUUUGAGUCCACAGUGAAAUACCAUGGGGGUCCUAUCUUAACUAGCCCGAAGGGCAUUAACAUUUACCUCAUAUGGUAUGGAGGUUUAUCAAGUAAAGAUAGAAACUCCAUUACUGAUUUCUUUGCUUCUUUCACUACCCGUCAGGAACUCAGUGUCUUGACCUGGUGGAGAACCAUGAGUUCUUACAAGGACAGGGCUGGGAAACCAGUUUCUGGCACUUUCAGACUCAUUAAGCAAGUUGGGGAUAUAUAUUCCUUGGGGAAGAGCCUCAUGCGUGCCCAAAUAGCAGAGUUGGUCAAAAGCAAGAUAGAAAGCAAGAUAUUUCCAUUAGACUCUAAUGGGAUAUACUUCGUUUUGACUGCUAAAGAUGUCACCGUGGAGAAGUUUUGCAUGGGGUCUUGCGGCUUCCAUGAUAGCAUGAUGGCGGGUGGAAAGGCUAGAGUUGCAUAUGCCCACGUAGGCAACCCGGUGGCACAGUGUCCUGGUCUUUGUGCAUGGCCUUAUGCGUUGCCAGCAUAUGGUCCGCCUGGCCAGGCAGCCCUUGUGGCACCCAACGGUGUUGGAGCUGAUGGGAUGAUUAUAAACAUUGCCACAAUUCUGGCAGGUACUGCCAGUAACCCGUUUAAGAAUGGGUACUUCCAGGGAGAUGCCCUGGCUCCACUGGAGGCUGCCACGGCUUGUUCGGGGGCAUUUGGCCCUGGAGCUUAUCCAGGGUAUCCUGGGACUUUGAUGGUGGAUAAAAUGAGCAGAGCUAGUUAUAAUGCUUACGGAGUUAACGGCAGAAAAUUUCUCCUUCCAGCCAUAUGGGACCUGAUUAGCUCCAACUGCGAGGUUCUUACUUGAUUAUUAGCUAUAGAGAUUGGCGAGUGAUAGCUAUAGAUUUACGAAGGAAUUACCGAAUCUAAGUUAUGUAAAUUCCUAUACUGAACUAGUUAAGACUAAGAAGUCUUACACGUGUGAAAGUAGAUCCUCAUAUAUAUAUUAUUUGUGCAAGAAGGAAAUAUACAUAUUGUAAUCUACCAAUAGAAGAAAAAUGAACAAAUAAAUCGUUUGCAUUUUG